CAAAAUAUGUGCCCGUUCUUCAAAACAAGGAAAAAAGAUAUGGAGAAAAGCGAGUUUCUAACAAGUCUAGUUGUUCUAAUACUUCUGUUGCCAUAUGCAAAUGCAACCUUUUCAGCGCCUAAAGCUACAAAGCACUUUGUGCUAGUUCAUAAGGCAGCUCAUGGAGCCUGGUCUUGGUACAAGAUUAUAGCAUUGAUGAGAUCUUCAGGGCAAAAUGUCACAGCUCUUGACUUGGGUGCUUCUGGAAUCAACCCAAAACAGGCCCGCGAAAUCCCACAUUUUUCUGAUUACCUGAGUCCGCUAAUGGAGUUCAUGGCUUCACUUCCUGCACAUGAAAAAGUGGUUCUUGUAGGCCACGAACUAGGUGGCUUAGCCAUUUCUAAAGCCAUGGAGACCUUUCCAGAAAAGAUUUCAGUUGCUGUGUUUGUUACUGCUCUAAUGCCUGGUCCAAAUAUCAAUGUAACCACCGUCUACACUGAGUUACUCAAUGCAGUAUCUGAACUUGAUAACCGUCUUAUAUACGAUAAUGGACCUACGAAUCCUCCAACCUCCGUCAUCAUAGGUCCGAAGUACUUGGCAACUAAUAUUUACCAGCGGAGCCCAAAUAAGGAUUUGGCGCUGGCCACUACACUAGUACGGGAAGUUCCUUAUUACAGUGCGGAAGAUGUUUCUAAAGAGAUAGUUCUUUCAAGCAAAAAGUAUGGAUCAGUUAGGCGAGCAUUCAUUGUUGCUACUGAAGAUAAAGUUCUGAAGAAGGAAUUUCAACAGUUGAUGAUUGAAAAGAAUCCACCUGAUGAAGUGGAAGUGAUCCAGGGCUCCGACACAAUGACCAUGAUGUCUAAGCCCCGUGAGCUUUUUACUACUCUUCUGAGCAUUGCCAAAAAGUAUAACUAAUAGUAGCUGUUAAUUUAGAAGAUUAAGGGGGACCGGUGUAAGGCUGAGAAUAAAACAUCAUUCAUUUCACUUAUCUGAUGCAUUUAUAUGGCGAUCUCAGUUCUUUCAUGGAAGUCCUAUUACCCAGAUAGCUAAUUUGAUAUGUCAAUCCUUUUCUUUUAGUUGUUAUUUCCUUUCACUGUUAUUACAGUGUUUGGAAUUGACAUCAAUAAACAACCUCUAUUUCCUGUUA